UUACAAUCAUGGAAUCCUUCCCAUGUAUCCCGGCGAGUUACUACACCGCAAAAUGGCCGACGAUGACAACAAUGAUCCCACGUGUACGUUUUCUAGUUUAGGCUUAAAUAACUGGCUCGUUAAACAGUGCAAUGCUGUUGGAAUAAAAAGCCCGACAGAGAUUCAACAGAAGUGUGUUCCGCCGAUUUUGUCUGGACGUGAUUGCAUUGGGUGUGCUAAAACUGGAAGUGGGAAAACGGCUGCUUUUGCUCUGCCCAUACUUCAAAGACUCUGCGAAGAUCCUUAUGGAAUAUUUGCUGUUAUUCUCACGCCUACUAGAGAACUGGCAUAUCAAAUUUGCGAUCAAUUCAGAGCCCUUGGAAAACCCAUUGGCCUCAAGGAGGCUGUCAUUAUUGGUGGCCUGGACAUGAUGAAACAAUCACUUAUACUUGCCGAGAAACCUCAUGUUAUUAUAGCAACUCCAGGGAGACUGGCCGAUCACCUUAAGAGCACGGAUACCUUUGACCUGAAGAAAAUAAAAUUCUUAGUUCUCGAUGAAGCUGACAGACUUCUGGAUCCUUCAUUUAGUGAUGAUCUUCAAGUGAUAUUUGACAGUGUUCCCACAGAAAGACAGACAUUACUUUUCAGUGCCACUCUGACAGACACUCUCCAAGAACUGAGAGAGAUAUCAAGUAAUGAUCCAUUUUACCAUGAAGUGAAGUCUGACAUAAAAACAGUCACUGAGCUUGACCAGAGAUACAUCCUUGCUUCAGCCAGUGUGAGAGACUCCUAUCUCAUUCAUAUUUUGCGAGAGCGUGAAGAAAACAAAUCAGUAAUCGUCUUCACGCAUACAUGUAAAAAUUGCCAAACCCUAGCAAACAUGCUAUGGAAGUGUGAGCUGCCAUGUGUGGCUCUCCAUUCCCUGAAAUCUCAAGGGGAAAGACUUGCAGGCCUAGCCACUUUCAAGUCAGGUAUAGUCAAGAUUCUUGUAGCAACCGAUGUAGCAAGUCGUGGGUUAGACAUUCCUCAAGUAGAACUUGUGAUCAACAGUAAUGUGCCGGCGUCUCCCAAGGACUACAUACACCGCGUCGGACGGACGGCAAGAGCAGGGCGAGGUGGAAUGGCGAUAACGCUUGUGACGCAGUAUGAUGUCGAUAGGGUGAAACAAAUCGAAGCCACCAUCAAUACUACGCUUGUUGAGUUUGAAACAAAUGAAAAUGACGUUCUGCCAUUGCUGAAGGCAGUGAUGGUGGCACGAAGAGAAGCAGAGUUGAGAGUGAGAGGUAGUGCUGUGUUAGAAAAGAGAUUGAUUAAUAAGAGAAAAAAACUGAUCCAGGAAGGGAAAGAUCCUGAUCUGAAGACGUCAAGAAGGAAAAGAAGAAAGUACAAAAAGGAGAAGAACUAACAUUAGAUUUAAACGUUGUUGCAUUGCUGACGGUGAAAGAUGAAGAAAGAGAGGCAUUUGAAUUGAAGUUAACAACGUUAUGAAUACUGGACUUCUUCAAAUGAAAGUUUACCUCUAAAUGCAUGUUUUUUCAUUCAAUUUGAAUAAUUGACCCUAUCAGAAAACCCGGCAUAGCCUGUGUAACCAGGCUCCUGAAGGAUGGAAGAGGGAAGGGGAUUGGGGACAAAUGAAACACUCAGUGUAUACUCUGUUGGCAACGUUUACUUGCUGUAUUUCCCCGAAUAAGCGCCCACCCACCCCCUCUACUUGCCAAAAUGUCAAGUAAGUUACCCCCCUUUCCCUCGCUUUUUCAAACGAGAGAGGAUACAAAAAAAAACCCUGUUCCUAAAAUUAGUGUUACCACAAGAAAAGUUUGCCAUUUGGCAAUGGAGGAAACAAAUCAAUUAUCGUCUUCACACCUGCAUGUAAAAAUUGCUUAACAUUAGCAAAUAUGCUGUGGAGGUGUGAGCUGCCAUGUGUGGUUCUCCAUUCCCUGAAAUCUCAAGGAGAAAGGCUUGCAGGUGGAAUCAGUAGUUCCUUUUCUCUUCCAGUUGUGUCCAUCCCCAACUGCUUGCAGACUUUUCUUAGGUGCGUUUUCUAUUCUAUUAAGUUUUGUCCUAUUGGAACGCGUUUGGAGGUAACAUUAAAUAAGGAAUGAUAGUUCAAUCGAAAUAUGAACAACAAGCGUUAAAACCGUGUCAGCGCCGUUCACGUGCCUCACUUCGUAGGUCCCAAUCUUGUCUCUUGUCGGCUUAUUCCCUGUCGUGUAUUUACUUAGCAACUAAUUCUUUUCCUAUUGUUUAAACAAACGAAAGAUAUUUGAUAUUCACUUUACAUCUUUGUGGAUAAUGUAAGUUUUGUUUUUCUAGUUAAGAUUCAGCCAAAAUUAAGUUAGAGUUCGUUGAGAGUAAAUAGAUAGAUAGUUUAGAUAGAUAGAUAAUUUAUUAGAAUAUCGAACAUGGCAGUCCGUAGACUGAAUUGC